AAAAAAAAAAAAAGGAAAAAAAUAUUUAAGACUCUAUUUUUAAUUAAAAAUGUUUUGAAAAGCAAUCCUUUUCGUGUUAGGGCCAUAUUAUGGGUAGGACAUUCAACCCCAAAAACAAUCAAAGAAAAAACUCAUAUGCAAAAAAAACACCCACCCCCAAAAAACAUUUUUUUUAAAUUUCAAAUGCUAUUUUUUUUCUGAUUGAAGUGGAAAAAGUUUUGAACUUCCUUGUGUCUUUCCCCUUAGCAUUACAUUAUUUACAAAUAUCAAGAAAAUAAAGUGUUUGGUCAUAAUCUAUAAAGGUGCUCAUAUUUCCUUAAUUCAAAUUCAUUUAUAUGGCCCUUUACAAAAACCAGAAAGGUCCUCAAAGUGCUUUACAACAAUGCGAAAAAUAGUACAUAAUAAAGGAAACAUCAUUUGGGGAUGGUUUGCUAAGCUCUCUGUCAAGGCCACGCCCCCCACGCCAUUACAAGGCUAAAAGUUUGAAGCUGAAAAAAUAAAAAGGUUUGAAAGCGGGGGGAUACGAAGGUUGAAAAAAUAACAAACGGAAACCAAAAUAAAAAUAUUAACUCUGUAACUGUAAAAAAGUGUUUUUAUGUUUUAUAAGAUUCAAGAACAAACCUUCAAGUUUCAGUUUGAUUUUUUUUUUUUUUUAGACUACAAUACUUUUGGCCUUGAUUUAGCUCCAAAUGACAGCCAAUCAAUGCACAAUCUACAGUGUAAAUGCAGAAGAUUAUUUAAUUACUAUCAUGGAUACCUACAACACCUUCAUAUCAUCAUAAUACAGCAGAUGAAUACAGCACAGAGCCUAAAAAUGACAGCAUUGUAAUAAUUCAAAUAAAUAAAUGUUCAAAUAAAUCAAACUGAAAUAUUUGCAUAAACAUUGAUAAAAAUUUACAGUGGCAUGAAAAAGUAUCUGAACCUUUUGGAAUUUCUUACAUUUCUGCAUAAAAUCAGCAUCAAAUGUGAUCUGAUCUUUUUCAAAAUCACACAGAUGAAAAAACAUUGUCUGCGUUAACCUAUAAAUGUUUGGGUAGUUUCAGUUUUCAUAUUUUAAUGAGGAUGGUAUGUGUACUGACUAGACCCUGUUCCCAGUCAAGAGGAAAACAGCCCCAAAUUAUGACGCUCCCGCCACCAUGCUUUAUGGUGGGGAUGAGGUGUUGAUGUUGGUGAGCUGUUCUAUUUUUCUUCCACACAUGACGUUGUGUGUUACUCCCAAAUAAUUCAACUUUGGUUUCAUCAGUCCACAAAAUAUUUUGCCAAAACGUCUGUGGAGUGUCCAAGGCCUUUUUGCGAACAUUAAAUUUAAAUGAGCAACAUUUUUUUUUUAGACAGCAGUGGCUUCGUCCGUGGAGUCCUCCCAUGAACACCAUUAUUGGCCAUAGUUUUACAUAUAGAGAUACAUACAGAGAUAUUGGACUGUGCCAGUGAGUUCUGUAAAUCUUUGGCUGACACUCUAGGGCAGGGGUCCCCAACCUUUUUUGCACCACGGACCGGUGUUAUUUGGGUCUUUUUUUUUUUCACGGACCGGUGUUCUGACAAAUUUUGCAACCCAUUAAAAAUUGCAACGAUGCGGUUCUGCGCAUGCGCGUAACAUUAAACAUAGCCGCAAGAUGGAUUCGGGCCACAAAUAGGAUGUUUUGCUCAUGUAGUAAACCUACCUGCUAAGAGAGCUGUAGCAAUCAACAGUGUGCCCCGCCUUACUUUACAAACAGUAAAGAUUGUUCUCAGCACUUUUAUACUAAAUUUCUUCAGAUCAGUGAGAAGUAAGCACAUACAUAGAUAUUAUGCACUAAAAUGCAUGUUAAUAUGAUGGCAAUUUAAUUUUUGCUUGUUGCAAAAAAAAAAAAAAAAAAAAAAAAAUACAGUUGUUAUUUUUUUCCCAGAGCAUUAAAUGUAUUGAAUCAGAUCGAAAAUCGUGUCCCCCGUAUCGAAAAUCGUAUCGAACCAAGACUUAACUGUAUCGGUGCAUCCCUAUGGAACACCAUUGCAGAAGCUAUGAGGGGAAAAGUUUUCAUUUGCCUAAAUGGUUAAGUUAUUAACUGCAAUUGUAUUUUUUUUUCUUGAAGAACACAUUUUAUUUAUUCUGUGUUUCUGUGCGGUAUUGAUAUUGUUGUCUUUUACUUAAGAGGCAUGGUCUAUUGUUUGUAGUUGUGAUUUCUUAUCGCGUUUAAAUGGGUGUACUUGAUCUAUUGAUAUAUACUGUUUUCUCACUGCGUUAUUGUAUAUUUGUUUUGAAAAAAAUUGGGGGAGUGCAAUAAUAUCGCAUAUCUAAAAUUUGUUAUCGCAACAGGCCUACGAGUGACUUCCGGUCUGCCCGAUCCUAGCUACCGGUAGUAGUAAUGACGCAGGAGGGUCGCGUGUCGCGUCAAAUAAUAAACUCUGGCGUUCUUUACGCAUGCGUCAUGUUGAGCGGCUUCUGGGACGCGUCUAACACGCGGCCGCACUGCGACUGGUGUGCAUUGGCUGAUUGACUUUAACACCCGCGUUUCACUGCGUUCUCGCGUUGGCCACGUUGUCGCGCCGUUGACGUUUCUGGGUUAUACUGUCCUAUCGUGUUGGUCCUCAUUAUAGUAGAGAAGACGAAGUAAAUAUAAUCUACACAAAGAGACUGUAACCGGAUCGACUCACAGCCUCGAAAAGUAAGGUUUACAUUACGUCAGAAGCUCGUUCGGUAUGCCUCCGUUCCAAACCAAGCACCACGUACCGAAACGGUUCAAUACAAAUACAUGUACCGUUACACCCUUACUACCCAUAACAAUGACUAUUUCAUACAUGAAAGCACUUUGUAAGCUGCCAAAAAUAAGUUACAUCAACAAAGUUUUAUUGAAAUUACUACACAUUAUACUUUACAAAUGUGCCAUCGGGACAUCCCUAGUAUUCAUAUAAUACAGUUUAAUUCCAGGCUCAGGGGGUUUAUCUUUGAAUGAUGUGGAUGGGUGUAUAUAAAAGGGAUCAAGGAAGCCAUGUCCCUGCACAUUUGCUGCUUUUAUGAAGAAAAACAAAAGUUUACAUGAAAAAAACAUAAAAAUCAACCGAUGGGACUAUUGCGCAUGUGUCAAACGAUUAAUUGUACAGGCCUAGUUUGUUUCUCGUUCAAUAAACAGCUGAAGCAUAUGAGAGACUGACUUUUUCUUUCACUUCACUCGAGCGGCAGCGUAAUCUUAAACUCGAAAUUUAAACCUUUUACAUACUCUAGACUGACACUUUUUCUUUUUUUUUCCCUCUCUCCAGUUAUCUUCUUAUCCACGUCAUGGUUUUCUCGAUGACACAGGAAUGACCAACUAGAUUCUUGGAAGUCGUCUAACAAAAGAUGAGCAUGAGCUCCAAGAAAAAAACACGGACUUCUUUCGGGGCCACAGCGCCACCCUUCAUUGACUACUUGAAAGAUAUCCUACGUCGGUACCCAGACGGCGGACAAAUUUUGAAGGAGCUGAUUCAAAAUGCAGAUGACGCUCAAGCCACUAAUGUGACUUUCAUCCAUGAUGAGAGAAGCUAUGGGACUCAAAGUCUUUGGACAGAUGCUUUAGGAAAAUUCCAAGGACCUUCUCUGUACAGCUACAACAAUGCGCCAUUCUCUGAUGAGGAUUGGGAAGGAAUUCAAGCCGUCGGAAGGAGCGUCAAGCGUGAUGACCCCGCCACCGUCGGGAGGUUCGGAAUUGGUUUCAAUUCUGUUUACCACAUAACAGAUGUUCCUAGCAUAUUCAGCUCUGGCUACCUUGGCUUCUUGGAUCCCCAAGAAAAAAUAUUUGGAGAAAGACAAGGCGGAUUCCGUUGGGCGUUGGAUGAUACGGAGCACCAAGAAGUUCUGACGAGUAUCUGUGAUCAGUUUCAACCAUUCCGGGACAUUUUAAAGCUUGUGAGCGGUCAAGAGUGGUCCAAAGUCAUUACAGAAGAUCAGCACUUUGAGGGGACAAUUUUCAGAUUCCCUUUGCGUGCAGAAGUGUCGGAUAUUUCCGAUAAUUUGUACAACGCAGAUAAAGUCGUUGAGCUUUUUGAAAGCUUCAUUGCAGAUGCAGAAUUGAGCCUGCUGUUUUUGAGAAACGUCACCACGGUGACAUUGUUGCAUAUUGACGUCGACGGGUCUGUGAGUAAACGACUCGAAGUCAAGUCCUCAGCCUCCGCAGACGUCGUUUUGGAACCUCGAGACAACAUUCCAAACGAAGGGUCGACGAGACUCAAAGUGAUAACCAUUGAUUCCGAAGACCACAUUGAAACAAAAUGGCUCGUCACGACUUACACUGUAAAGGAAGGAACUACGGAAGAACUGGACAUCCUUGCACAAAAGUUGAGCUUCGUCCCGCAAGUUGACUUGGCGUUCCCUUGCGGUGAGACGAGAGCCGCCAGCGGGAGCCGGCUGAGCUGCUUUCUCCCACUGCCCAACAACGAAAGUAACAAGACAGGAUUGCCGGUCCAGAUCAAUGCCUGCUUCGGCCUCACGGAUAACAGGAGACACAUCAAGUGGCAGGAGGAAGAUCAGCUACAUGAUGAACACGCCAUGUGGAACGAAUUGCUAAUGAAAGAGGUGCUACCGCAAGCGUACAAAAAGAUCAUAGGAGACGCCGUUAGACAUGUUCAAAAGGGUUUUCUUCCUGUGUCUUCUGUGUAUGAGCUGUGGCCAGAUCUCACUCGCAUUCAGCAUAAGGAAAAAUGGCACGCCAUUGCCGUAGACAUCCUCCAUCAGUUGUUCCUAGAAAAUGGUGCCAGACUGUCCCUUGCCAGAGACGAACGAAAGUUUAUCAGCCCAAUGGAAGCUGUUCUCCCCUGUCAAGGCCCAAUCAGGCCUGACAUACAGGCUGCCAUUCAUACAACUUUGCUUUCCGGCGGGGAGAAUCUUGUCAUACUCCCAAGCAAUGUUGCAACGGCCAUAGAAACAGUUCACCCGCAUGCCAGCAUCCUAAUAUAUGCCACGCCAGCCUUCCUCAGGGAUGUUCUCCAUCGUGUCGACAUGAAGAACAUGUCUAGAGAUGACAAACUCUCUAUUCUGGAGUACAUUCUGAGAGAUGGAGAAUACAGCGAGCUCCAGGGUCUUGAGCUUCUCCCACUUAGUGAUGGCUCUUUUAGAGCAUUCACAGAUGAAGAGGAGGACACUGCCUUGAUUGACAGCGAAGAAUUUCCAAGAGUCCUGCUACCAUUUUGCAAACACCUUUUCAUACCAGAAGAUCUAAGCCCAGCCUGCACUGCCCACUUGAAACAACUGGCUCGUGAAAAUUUAUUCAAGAUAAUGGACAUUGACGCCGAGGAGGUGGCAAAGUACACCAGGAGAUAUUUGCCGGAAGAGUGGACAGGAUUGAACACAGCGCUUGUCAAGUGGGACCUCAACGAAAGUCUGCAUCCGUCUUUAGAUUGGCUCCAAGAAUUCUGGAAAUUCCUCAACAAUCACUUCACAAAGUUAAAUUCUUUCAUUGGCAUUCCAUUAAUACCAGUGGGCCCCUUUGAUUCCAAUCAAUCUGUAUUACUUGCGAAAAUGAAUGCAAACACAACUCUGGUAUUCCACCAAAGGAUGCAAGCCCGUUUGCCGGAUAGAAUAGCCGAGUUUGUGCAAAAAGUCGGCGGCACAGUGGUGUGGGGAAAUAAAUGGCUUAAGCAUGAUGACCUUGAUUCUUAUGUGCUGUAUCCAUCUGCGAGAAGUGUUGUGACCAUCUUGAUGAACGUUGAGUAUGGCCGCCUCUUUGAAAACCUUGAGACAAUGAGUCCCGAGACUCGAGAAGAGCUGAAAGAUUAUCUGUCGUCUCUGGAUUCACUCUCGAACAGUGAGAAGGAGCUCCUCUUAAAGAUGCCUCUGUUUCAAAAUACAAAAGGCGUGCCUAUCCCAGCGCAAUCAAAAAAGGGUGUGCUCUUAGGAUGCGGUCCAAAAAUACCGACGGAUCUUCCAAUGCCAGACUCAAUAGUGCUAUGUACCACAGAGGCUGAUCGCAGACUGUUGCGUUUGCUUAACGUUCAUCUUUUGGACACAGCUGAAGCAGCUCAUCUGCUAAUUGACAACAUUGAAGGCAAGGUAUGCAGCAAGGAGGACACUACAAAGAUUAUGACUUGGAUUUUACAGCAUGGCAGCAUCCUUUUCUCCCAAAACAAGACCUUGAAAUGCCGUUGUCAAGAAUUAAACUUCAUGGAAGCAAACGGUGUCCUGAAAAAGGCCUCACAUUUCCUCCAUCCAAGGAUUCCAAUUUUCCAAGUCAUUUUUGAUCCCAGUUUCUUCCCACCUUCUCCAUACUUGAAAAGUGAGCAGAUGCUUGACACCCUAACAGAUCUUGGUGUGAUUAAGAGCGAAGCGGAUGUGUCCCCUGAGCACUUGCUGCAUGCUGCCACUGAAAUAGACUCGCUGCAUUUAGUCUCACAGCCUUUGAAAAGAGCUCAGUCACUCCUAAACAUGCUCGAUGCUCACUGUCUCUUGCCCAAGUUUUCCCAAAAACAACUUGACGUACUCAAAAUGCUGAAAUGGGUUCCAUGUGCUAACCCUAGUAAUACCACAGAGCAGAUUUCUCUCUUCUGCCCAAAUGAAAUAAGACACACUCAGUAUAAGGAUGUUGUUGGCCAUGUUAUGCCUCUCAUUGGAAGCCUGAGUGACAGAGCUAGCAACAAACUUGGUUUCAAAUGCUGUCCCCCACCAAACAAAGUGAUGGAAAAUUUGUAUUUCUUGAUUGCAAGCACGGACAAAAUGGAGGACCCUGACACAAAUGGAGAUUUCAAAAGGAAGUUGCAUAGCAUUUACAAAUACAUGCAAGAUCAAAUUUCCAAUUUUACAACGUUGCUGGAUAAAAACGCGUGUUGGCUGUGGUGCGGUGACCAGUUUGUCUCACCCGGGGAUUUGGUUCUCGACUACCCACGUAAUCUAGAUCUGAGCUCCUGGGUGAAGAAUUUGCCAAAGGAAUUCCUACCAUACAAGAAGCUCCUGACAGAAUUUGGCAUGAGAUUAUCUCUUACGGAGCAUGAUACAGUUGACAUUCUCCAUUCCAUGAUGAAAACAAUUGAAGGAAAGAACCCGCCCAUUGCGAGUCCCUCUGAGAUCAAAGCCUCAGUAGAAAUUGUCAAAUGGAUAUGGAAGGAAAAGAUGAUGGUUCCGAAGGACAUACCAGUGCCAGUCACCGCACAAGGGGGUCAGUACACCCUCAAAUCACUGUCGACAGCCAUUUUCUGUGACAUGAGCAAAAAAACUUUAGAGGCUCUUCAAUACAGCAAUGAGCAAGUGUGUUUCCUGCAUGAAGAGAUUCCAAAAGCAGCUGCUGAAUAUCUUGACAUCCAAUUCCUGAGUAUGCACAUACUCCGACCUGAGCUUGUGGGGAUCGAGCAGUGUGGACAAUCUGAGCCCAUAACAAUGAGGAUUAAAAACAUUCUCAAAGAGUAUGAUGAUGAAAGUGAUCUCUUUAAAGAGCUCAUCCAAAACGCGGAAGAUGCUGGAGCAGGCACUUGUAAAUUCUUAGUGGAUUUUAGAGUACACAAAAAUCCACCUGAAAAUCUCAUAGAUCCUGGCAUGAUCCCGUGCCAGGGCCCUUGCCUUUGGGCAUUCAAUGAUGAAAUGUUCACCAACGAGGACUGGGAGAAUAUUGUGAGAGUAGGCUCUGCCUCAAAAGAAGACAAGGUGGGAAAAAUUGGCAAAUUUGGACUUGGGUUCAAUACUGUGUAUCAUGUGACAGAUGUUCCUUCCGUCCUAAGUGGAAGCAAACUCCUCAUACUUGAUCCAAACGUGACUCAUCUUAAAAAGUUCAUCAGAAACAAAUCAAAUCCUGGAAUCAAGUUGGAUCUCUCCAAUGAGAAUCUCUGUCAUUGUUUUCCAGGUCAGUUUGGACCGUACGAAAACAUUUUUCAAUGUAGUUUCACUACACAAAGUCCUCCAGACCCUUAUCAGGGUACUCUAAUCAAGCUUCCUUUCCGAACUAAAGAAGAAGCUCUCAUGUCAGGGAUAAGUACCAAAGUAUAUGACAGAGAACGUAUUAUAACUUUACAGCGAGAGUUUACAAACAAUUCUGAAAUGCACAUCUUGUUCCUAAAGAACAUCAACACAUUGUCUUUGCUAAAUAUCUCAAAAAAAGCAGCAACUCCUCCAAGAGAUGAAGAAAUAGAAACCCUCCUCAAGGUCACCAAAACUACUUUGCUUCCAAUCCAGAUUCCAGGAGACAGUCAUUCAAGGCAGAUUCAAGCUGAAAUGUUAUUGCUGAAAUGUGGUAAAAAUUGCAAGGAUGUCAUUGACUGCUCGACCGUCAACAUUGUCCAAAUAAGCAGUGAACAAUCCAGCAAAAGAAAAAGCCAGUCUUGGCUCGUAUACAACUGCUUCGGGACAAAUCAGUCUUUAAAAAUGACCCUGCAAAAGGAAAAGCAAGCCAAUUUCUCCUUGCCCAUUGGGGGAGUAGCUGUGCCUUUGAAAAAAGAUCAAGAAAGUGUGAACUUUACCACAUCGGAUACCAAGCUAAAUGGUCAGGCUUUCUGCUUCCUACCACUUGCUAUCGACACUGGUCUCCCAGUCAAUGUCAAUGGAACGUUUGCUGUAACAAGCAAUCGUAAAGGCUUGUGGGAAAGUGGCGUGAAACACUACUGGAACAAAGCACUUCUCCAGGAUCCCAUAGUAACAGCCUAUGUCACAUCACUUUUGGUAUUAAAGAAGCUGUGGGAAAACGGGCAACUGAAAAGUUACUCCUACCACACCUUUUGGCCUGACAGGGAAAAAGUAAGUGACGCAUUCAAACCGUUAGUUGAUGAAUUGUACGCCACCCUCGCACAGAAGGGCUCUGCCCCAGAGCUCUUCUGUGAUGGAAAAAACUGGUGUUCCAUGAAGAAUGUCGUAUUUCUACAUGAAAGCAUUGAAGAAGAUGAAAAGUUGUAUCCCCUUGUAACACAGGUCUGUCAAAAACAUGUCAGGGAGCCAAACCAUGUUGUUCCUCUUCCACGCUGGUUGAGAAAUAGCUUCAUACAGGCUGGCCUUGGAAAUGUUUUGCAGGAGAAAACAUGGCAUUGGGAGAGAUUCUUUCAAGAGGUAGUGUUUGAGAACCUUGCCACCUUGGACAUUAAGACUAGAGAUACUCUUUUGUUACAUGCCAUUGACCUUAACGCCGAGGGCAUUGACCAUCUAUUGGCCAGGUAUCCGUGCAUUCCAACAAAGGAUGGACACCUCCAGUAUAUCAAGAAACUUGUGAAUCCUUCAGGCAAACUGUCUUGCCUUUUUGAAGAUGAGAUGGGGAGAUUGCUUGAAGGCACCAAGAAUGACUUUUGCUCCCCAAAGAGGAUUCAACGUUUGCUUGAACAUGGGAUGUUAAAUGACCAUCUUUCACUAGAGGCUAUUGCUGAGAAAGCGGAAACAAUCCAAACCCUUUGGAAGACUGACAAAACAAAAGCAUAUAGGCAUUUGAAGUGCCUUCUUGAACUCAUGAAGGAUCACAUCUAUGACACAGUCUCCUGCCACUGGAAAGCAUUAAGGGAGAUCCCAUUUCUCCCAGCAUUUUACCUCAACGUUGCAGUCUUGAGAAAGCCAGUUGACAUCUUCAAUGAAAGAUGCGCACCACUUGUUGACAGGACACAACCUGUGCUUGACCAUUCUGGCUUGAACAUACAUGAAACAGAUCCCAUUCUACAAAUUCUAGGAAUUUGUGACAAACCAGCACCUGACAUUGUGCUCCAGCAACUGCAAAAAGCAGCUGAGCAAUGUCAAGAUAUGGAUGGAUCCAAACUUCAGAAGAUUGCCUAUGAAUGCUACAGUUUUUUGGAUAGAUGUGUCUGUGACUCAGAAAUUUCUGAAUUCGUUACAAAGACGGCCAAUUCAUUUCCAUUUAUCUUUAAUGGCAAAACAUUUGUCAAGGUGGACCGUGUGGCUCUUAAAGGGCAGCAAUUGGAAGCAAAGCCCUAUCUCCAUGUGCUUCCACCCGCAUUUGCUUGUUUUAGGAAUCUCUGGGAGAGUAUAGGUGUUAAAGACACGUUUACUCUGCCGCAAUUUCUUAAUGUUCUUCAGGAAGUCAAGUUAAAACAUGGUGACGAACCUUUGUCAAAUGAUGAUCUCAAACUGUGUCUCAUGAUUUUAUACAGAGGCAUAUAUAGUACCAGUGAGACCCCUACAAAAGACUGCCUCAUUCCCAAUGAACAUGGGGUUUUGGAACCUGCCUCCCAGCUUGUCUUUAAUGACAGUCCAUGGAUGCCAGUUAGUAAGGAUCUAACUCUUUGCCACAAGGAUAUCUCACGUGCUAUGGCACUCCAUUUUGGAAUCACAACAACCAGGCACCAUAGUCUGGAAAGGUAUGCAAUUAAAAAUCCCUCACCGUAUUCCUUCCCGUUUGAGCAAAAGGAGGACCUCACUGUCAGGAUCAAAAAUAUAAUUUCUGCUUAUCCGUCAAAGAAGGAUAUCCUCAAAGAGCUCAUCCAAAAUGCUGAUGAUGCAGACGCAACAGAGAUCCACUUUGUUUGGGACGGACGACAACAUGGCACUGAGAAAACCUUUGGCGACAAAUGGAACAAGCUACAAGGCCCAGCACUCUGUGUAUAUAACAACAGUGUGUUUUCAGACGCAGACCUGAUUGGCAUUCAGCAGCUGGGAACAGGAGGAAAGCGCCAUAAUCCAGAUAAGAUUGGAAAAUAUGGACUUGGAUUCAAUGCUGUUUUUCAUCUGACUGACUGUCCCUCAAUUCUCACUGGGGAUGACAGACUGUGCAUUUCAGAUCCCAAUAAAAUUUACAUUGAAAGCCACAGCGAGCAUGUGGGUGCGGGCAUUGGCUAUGAACUAGAUGACACUUUCAAGGAGAUGUACGAGGAUGCUUACAAAUCCUAUCUUCCGGACAAGUAUUCCCUUAAAGAUGGAACCAUGAUUAGGUUGCCUCUAAGAACUCCUUCCAUGGCAGAGACCUCAAAAAUAUCGCAACAGAAAGUUAGUGAGCGUGACAUCAAAGAGCUGUGCUCCGCCCUCUCUGAGGACCUCGAAGGGCUCAUUCUCUUCCUGAAAAAUAUCCGAAAAAUUGAGGUCUUUCAAAUCAAUAAUGACUCUGAUGAAAUGACAAAAAUCUUUUCAGUACAAAAAAAUCCACGACUAGCAGAAGAAGAUGUUACAGUUGAUGUCUCAGUCUUAAAUGGAGUAUUUUAUAAAACCAUUAUUUCAACUUCAGACAAAAGACGGAGUGAAUGGAUCAUUGCAGAGCAGUUCGACACAUCCCAUUCCGCUGCAGGAGAAGGAAAAUCCACACAAGCAAUGAUAGCAGCACGAGUAAAGGCAAAAGGACAAUCCAGUGAUUUCAAAGGAGAAGCCUUUUGUAUGCUUCCUCUACCAGGUACCACUGGUCUACCUGUGCACAUCAAUGCAGACUUUGAGGUUGACUCAGCUAGGAGAAGCCUUUGGAAACAAGAUGGCUUAUGUCUGAAAACAGACUGGAACGAAUCCUUGAAAAACAAGGUCAUUGCACCACUCUACGCUGAUCUUCUUUAUUACAUCAGCCGAACCAUUUCGGUGAAGACAGCCAGUAGGAAAGAACUGGACACAUGUUUUACUAACUCAUACUUGCAUUUUUGGCCAACAGUGUCAGAAAAUGUGGAUCAGGAAUGGCAUGAAAUGAUACAUGAGGUGUACAGAUCAAUCAGCAAAAGAAGACUUAAUGUUAUUCCAGUUUUAAGGCGCACAACACAAGUAACUAAUAAAAAGCCAUUAAUCACGAUCACAAAGUACUCUAUUGACUGGCGGGAUGCAAAAGUAACCUCACCAUUGACCGAACCUUAUAUGGAAUCACCCAGUACGGAGAUAAACGACAUUUUGAUGAAACUCGGCAUGGAUUUGGUUCCCAUCUUCAAGGACAUGAAGAGGAUAUGGGACAGCUUCAAAACUGCUGGCGUUGACGUAAAAGAUGUGAAUCCUCCAAGUGUGCGGACUUUCUUAAAAACAAAGCCUGUUCACAAUCCAGAACAAACGAGAGAUGGGUUACCGCUUCCAAUAACUGACACAUUAAUCAAAAAUCCAAAAAUCUGCUCAGAGCUUCUGCAGUUCUGCCUAAGUGAUAUUUCCCAGGAAAAGAUCACAGAUGAUCCAACUCUACUCAACGGACUUCCUCUUCUUCUCACAGCUGAUGAAGUUUUGAGGGUGUUUGACGUGAAAGCACCAAAGAUGAUAACCAUAUACACUAAACUUUUCUCUGGUUAUGAGCACAAUUUUGUGCAUUAUCAGACUAACUGUGAGCAUUUGAAGAAGCUGGAAGCCCUGAGCCUCGCCAGCAAAUUAACAGUUUUUGACGCUUACAACUGGCUGAAGGUCUUAAUUAACCAGAAUCUAGCAAAGUGUGAGCUUGACCCACUGUGUGGUCUUUAUGUUCCAACUGAGGAAAUGCUAGCCUGGCUGAAAUUGCUGUGGAGAUUUUUAUCAAGCCAUAUUAAAAUCAAAAGUGGUGAAAGUAAAAUUGAAACCAAGAGUGGUGAUAAAGAUCUGAUGUUCAGUGAUUUUAAGGAGCUCUUCAGUGAUUUCCCCAUUUUGCCUGUCGUGUGCCCGAGGUCAAAAAAGCACCUCCUUAAAAAAAUUAAAGACAUGCCCAGCGUCAUUCCCUAUAACCUGGACAAUGAUAUAUCAGGACUCUUGUCCAAACUUGGAUUCAUGACGCGUCACAACGUUUUUUUCACAGAUUGUGACCAACAAAGAUUAUCCUUUUUACUACCGGAACUCAUGAAUGUGAGAAAUAAAAGUUCUGUGCUUGACCAAGUCGUCAAGGUAAACCACUCAGAAUUUUCCCGGCUAUCUUCUGCUGACAUGAAAGAACUUCAAAACUACCUGCAAUCUGGAGAGUCCAUAAAGUGUCCCACAUAUCAGAAAAAGCUCCGGUCAUUGCCAAUAUUUGAAACAAUAGAAGGCAAUCACGUUAGGAUUGACGACCAUCAAGUUGUUUACAUCCUCGAUAUGAGCACACAGUCAUUGCUUAAAUUUCCAGACUUGUUUAAACCUCCCGAGAACAACAGCAUUUUUCUCAAAUGCAGUCAUGAGAACAACAGUGUGUCUCAAACUUUGAACAUUGAGACCUUGGAUGAUCUGCAGUAUUUCAUGAAGAUCCUUCUGCCUGUUGUGCACAAACUCAGCCAACAUCAGAAGAUUCAGUGCCUAAAGCUGUUAGUGUCACUGCAAAAUCACGACUGUUAUGAUCAGCAUAAAUCCAACAUAAUUUCCAAACUAAAGAACGUGCCAAUGAUUGUUAAUGCUAACGGCCAGGUGAAUCCUGCCUCCUACUACUUUGAUGACAAAGUUGCCUUGUAUCAGGCAAUGUUACCUCCAGAAAUGUUUGUCCCUCAGGUAGUUUGGACUGAAUUGAGUGAAGGAAAACAAGGAAAACUCCAACUGGCACAGCAGUUACUCAAGGAACUUGGAAUGAAGCAUGUUGUGUCAAAAAACGAUAUCGUAGACUUCGCAAAGAAGUUAGCGUCCGAAGCUGAGUUAAAAGGUCACUCCAAGGAGCUGGAAGAGAAAUCCAGCUUUGUUUUCGAAGAAGCCUUGAGAAUUGCAGGAGAUGAGGAAACAAUGCUGGAGAGCAUCACCAACAUUAAGUUCAUUUUCCCUGUCAAAGUCAAAAAGCAACUGUACGAUUACCAUUUGCCAUUUGCACAAGAGACCACUGCUGUUCAAAUCAACGGUUCUUUAAUUGACAACAUUGACUUCAAUCAAGAAUUAAUUUGGUCUUCAAUGCCAAUCAUUCACGUUAAAGGAAGUAAUCAGUUGCCUCUGGAUAGGCUUAAGCAAGCAGGAGCUCAUUACCAACCACCUACACAUUGCGUUGCCAAGAACAUUGUCAACAUCUUCCAGUCACCCUGUGACACCGACGCUAAGAUCAAAACCCGCGCCACGGUAUUUCGACGUUCUUAUGCCUACUUGCAAAACAACAAUUUCAACAGGCGAUGGCUGGCAGGUCUUCCAAUUGUGCUGGUUGAGAAAGACACAAAAUUGGUGAGAGCAGACGAAGUUGUUUUUUCACUCCCCGAUGAAAAUGACUUCAGGCCGUACUUGUACCGUAUUUCACUAACAGACCUUGAGUAUGUCCGAUUCUUCGAGAACAUUGGUGUGAACAAAAAACCAACUGCACCACAGUACUGUAAUGUUCUGGCAGCAGUUAACGCAGAUUCCAGUGCUAAAUCCCAACUAAACCAAAACCAGCGAAAAACGGUUCAGCGUGCCGUGCAGCAUUUGUUUCUGUUACUAGAAAACGCCAAGCAGUCUCUAAUGGACAGUGUAGAGACUCUUUACCUUCCUGCUGUAGAUGGAAAACUCUACCCAUCAUGUGAUCUGUACUUCAACAACACGACAUUUGACCCCCAACGGUUGGAAGAGUCUCUAGACAAAGAGUUCAUUUUGCUUGAGAAACUAUCCUCGUGUCAUCUGGGCACAGACAUCUAUGAACUUUCUCAACUGCUGCAAUUGCUGCCUCAGAGACUCCAACCUAAAAUGUUAUCACACGUCACUGAAGAAAAAGUCGUACAAUCGCAAAUGCAACUUUGUGAGGUUAGUCCGGCCUGUGAAUUUCUUGACUGGUUUAAUAAACACCUGAACUCAGCUGCAUUCUUACAUGGACUGAUAUGUCUUUUGAGAGAGCAGUCAAACGGGAAAACAACUCCAAAGGAGGCUGCAGACAUAUGUAAGAAAAUAUUUGGCAGCAUAAAGAUCGUGUGCUGUACGAGCCUGACAACAGAGCUGCGGCUGAAAGAUCGAGCUCUGAAGAACACAGACCGUGAGACGGAUGUAUUUGUCGAAAAAGUUGAAAGUGGUUGCGUCUUUUAUCUGAAACACAAUGACACCAUAGUCCCAAAAGUCAUAAGUGCAGUGAACAUGACUUUGACAAAAGAGAUCACGUCUCUAUUAGGUAACAGAAUUUUGUCAAAGCAUCUUCUCAUCCUCGGACAGCUGCUCAUGUGUGACGACCUACAAGAUGUUCGUAAAACUCUGGCCAAGAAUGACAUUCACGACAGUGCUGAGGUUUGGUCCGCCAGCCAAGAGGCCCCAAAAGGAGAGAUACCAGAAGAGUGGCUUGAUUCCUUAGACAUGAACGUCCUCAACAACUUUGAAGAGGGAGAAUACGUAGGAUACUGCAUAAACGACAAAUAUGUUUAUGGAGUAAUUGUGGAGGAAAUACCUGGACAAUCGGGACCGUACUCAAAGAGAUACAAAAUAAGAAUUGGCGAAGACGAGACCAUCGAAGUCAGUAGUGUGGAUCUGUAUCAGUUCAAAUCUGAAAGCGUGGCCAAGCCCGAGUUAGUCUCACCCAUAGAAGACAACGAUUUGAAUUCACAAGAAACGACACCACAAUACACUUCAAUUAGCUCAAUAGCAAGAGGCUUACCGGCAACUUACGAAGAGGCAGUGAAGGAAAUUGACCAAAGCUUGGAAGAGAUCUGGAGUCUUCCUCAGGAGGAGAGGUUGAAACCCAGCAAGCGACUGUACCUCAAAUGGCAUCACGACAAAAACCCUCAGUGUUACUAUGCAACAGAAGUGGUUACGUAUGUGAGAAGUAGAAAUUGCUUUUCAUUUGGAGAUUUCUACCAGCAAUGGGAUGAGGAGGCUCAGCGCCACAGAAGUGGCCGGGAACGUGUUUUCCGACAAUACCAUUCCUACAACUUCUGGGAGCACAAUGAAUUUAUCCCGAGGCCUAACGCAGAGGAGGCGCGGCGCUGGUAUCGGCAGGCUCGCUGCGAUCUCAAUGCGGCGCACAGUGAAAGCAACGGGAGCGCGGAAUGGUGUCUGUUCAAAAUCCACCAGGCGGUGGGAAAGUCCCUCGUAGCCAUCGAGUACAAAACAAACGGCCGGAGUCUCAAUGGUACAAUUGUAAACAUGUCUGGGAAAGUCUCGCGCUACAGCCCCCUGCUAAGUGUCCUUCCUCGAAGCAUUGCCAAUCUGCAGGCCUUGGGCGUGGAUGGUAAAAAGACCCAAUACCCCAACUGCCUUCCUUUCCCCAGCAUUCCAAAUGAAUGCUUCUGUUCGGCUGAUGUAGGUGCAGCGCUCGAAAUAGCUACUGAGCUUCUCGCUGUGGUAAAAGCAUAUGUGAAAUAAAUCACUAGAAUGAACUGUACCGUCUUAAACACCAGUUUUUGUUUUUCAAUUCAGUGGACCAAUCCCAUUACCCUUUAAUACAGUCGGGUUUGAUAGCAUUCUUUCAUCUUUUUUAUAUGACUACAGUAAUGUUGUUAUGCUUUACUCUUCAAAUAUGUCACCCUUAGGUUAUAAACAGUAGAUAUUACGUGACUGUCAUUUACAUUAGCAUGCAUUUACUGGUUAUGCUUAAGUCACAAAUGCUAAAAUUAUAUGCCACACUGUUCAAAUAUUGAAAAUUUUGUGAAAAAUGACCAAAAUAAAUCAUUCUUACAUUAAUAUUGUCUUUUUUUUGUGGAGAGUUUCCCUAAACAUUGUGAUUGACAAACAACCAUGUUAAGUUAAAAUCAUUAUUUUAUUCAUUAAGAAAUAGUGUUAUGAAAAUAAUGACACCUUAUCGUAUAUCAGACAAAAUGUAUUUCCACGUUAUACAACAUGUAUCUCAUCACCUGAGCAGAAGGGUCGUCUGCUACUUUGCUAGCUUCCUGUAUGUUCGUCCUAUAAAAAACACUUUGUAUCCUUUCCUCGAAUUGGGAUUUUGUUGUGGACAUAUUUACAUAUUCGUUCAGUUUGUGUUACAUCUCCCCGUGUUGAUUAGCCAUUUACGUCAAACUUGUACAUACUUGGCGCAUGCUCGAGGCCUUUUCGAAGUCACAGCAGCAACAAAGGAAUUUUUACAAAGAGGCAGAAGGAGGCACAUGCAACGUGACAAUCGCUCGACCUUCAUGGCACUGAAAACAAAGGCUGUGAAAAUUGUGCAUCAAACUGCCUUUCACAAAACAACACACAUCGCAGUUGGUAGUAAAAAACAAAAGUACACUACUUGGAAAAUGUUCAGGAUUUAGAAAAUGCUGCUUAGUCCAAAUGAAUUGGAUGCCUAGAACCGUCAACAGAUGCCAAAAAGUUAAUAUAUAAUGCUGUUUCAACAGUAGCCCAUUUCCUUAGUUAGUGUUAAACACAAAAAAUAACACCGCAGCCAUUUAAUGUCAAUCCCAACCACCGGGGCCCGGUAUACUGUAGGUCCGUGGCGCCUUUGCUACCGAGCUGCAGAGAAAUAAAUAAAUUUGUUAACGACCGCAAUCUGGCUUGUGCCUCUCGACUAAUUCUAGUAGAGAUUUGCUUGCAUCGCCCUCUAGUGGUUGGUCGCCAUUACUGAGGUGUUUGCACAUCUACAGCAGCCCAGUGUCAAUGUAAACUGUAACGUUAGCUACUGUUGGCUGUGUGCUGCAGGCGGUGACGGCUUUGGACAGCUUUUUGACGGGAAAAAUUGUGCCUGCGACCAAGGAUAUUUGCUGAAAAGUUUUAGGAGAGGCCGCUGUUAAAAAAAUAUGGUGAGUUACAUUUUUCCUGCACUUAAUGUUACUUUUUAGCCCAGUUGUAGCCCGGAUUUACGGAGGAAAGGCGGGCAACUUGGGACACGCAUUUCAUUGGCUAAAAAGGUAAAAAAAAAUGGCUGCCCACGUGUCGGGUGGCCACCUGGAACUACUUAUUUUCACAAUGACAUAAAAAUGAAAUUGUUAUAGAUUUUUUUCCGUUGGGAUGGACAUGAAAUUUCCCCCCUCUAAUGUAAUUUCAUAUUGGCUGCAGUCAGUGGCAAUGAAUGAGUAAAUUUCAUCCUGAAAUAUCACCACAAAACAUGAAAUCCUGAACCAUUUGCACGUAGUGUAAUGCAUAUAGUUUUGCAUGUAGUGGCUGACUGAGGAUCAAGUAUGCUCACAUUUGCAUGAUUGUACACUGCUGGCCAAAAGUGUUGGCACCCCUGCAAUUCUGUCAGAUAAUGCUCAAUUUCUCCCAGACAAUGAAUGCAAUUACAAAUGCUUUGGUAGUAAUAUCUUCAUUUAUUGUGCUUGCAAUGAAAAAAUACAAAAGAGAAUGGAGAAAAAAAAAAUGAAAUCAUUAUCAUUUAACACAAAACUCCAAAAAUGGGCCGGACAUUAAUAUGGACACCCUCAGCCUAAUACUUGGUAGCACAACCUUUAGACAAAAUAACUGCGAACAACCGCUUCCGGUAUCCAUCAAUUAUUACCUGGGUCUUUCCGAAGUUGUUAGUUGAUGUUAGUUUCUUACAAUGCUCUGCUGGAAUUUUAGACCAUUCUUCUUUGGCCAACUGCUCCAGGUCUCUGAGAUUUGAAGGGUGCCUUUUCAGAUCUCUCCACAGGUGUUCUAUGGGAUUCAGGUCUGGACUCAUUGCUGGCCACUUUAGAAGUCUCCAAUGCUUUCUCUCAAACCGUUUUCUAGUGCUUUUUGAAGUGUGUAAUGGGUCAUUGUCCUACUGGAAGACCCAUGACCUGUGAAUGAGACCCAGCUUUCUCACACUGGGUCCUACAGUAACAGGGUCCUGCUGCAAAAUUAGUUGGUAGUCUUCAGACUUCAUAAUGCCAUCGGUCAAGCAGUCAAGUACCAGAGGCAGCAAAGCAACCCCAAAACAUCGGGAACCUCCCCCACGUUUGACUGUGGGGACCGUGUUCUCUUCUUUGAAGGCCUAGUUUUUCCCCCCUGUAAACUCUUAUCUUGAUGCCUUUCCCAAAAAGCUCUACUUUUGUCUCAUCUGAUCAGGGAACAUUCUUCCAAAACGUUUUUGCUUUCUUAGGUAAGUUUUGGCAAACUCCAGCCUGGCUUUUUUAUUCCUCUGGGUCAGAAGUGGGGUUUUCCUGGGUAUCCUACCAUGGAGUCCCUUUUCAUUCAGACGCCGACUGAUAGUAUGGCUUGACACUGUUGUACCCUCGGACUGCAGGACAGCUUGAACUUGUUUGGAUGUUAGUCAAGGUUCUUUAUCCACCAUCCGCACAAUCUUUCGUUGAAAUCUCUCAUUUUCUUUUACGUCUACAUAUAGAGGGGUUAGCCACAGUACCAUGGGGGUUAACACUUAUUGAUGACACUGCGCACGGUAGACACAGGAAAAUUCAGGUUUUUGGAGAUGGACUUGUAGCCUUGAGAUUGCCCAUGCUCCCUCACAAUUUUGCUUCUCAAGUCCUCAGACAGUUAUUUGGUGUUCUUUUCUCCAUGCUCAAUGUAGUAUACGUGAGGACGCAGGACAGAGGUUGAGUCAACUUUAAUCCAUUUUAACUGACUGCAAGUGUGAUUUAGUUAUUGCCACCUCCUGUUAUGUGCCAAAUGUAAGUAAAAGGUUCUGUUAUUUACAUCAAUUAGAUAAGCAUCACAUGAUUUUUCAAAGGGUGCCAAUACUUUUGUCCGGCCCAUUUUUGGAGUUUUGCGUAAAAUAAUAAUGAUUGAAUUUUUUUCCCAUUCUCUUUUGUGUUUCUUCAUUGCAAACAAAAUAAAUAAAGAUAUAACUACCAAAGCAUUUGUACUUGCAAUCAUUUUCUGGGAUGAAUUGAGCAUUAUCUGACAGAAUUGCAGGGGUGCCAAUACUUUUGGCCAGCAGUGUAGGUGCCACAGGGGCAAGCGUUAAAUACAGAGGGUCCUCAUACAUAGAAAAUUUCAAGGUUCAAAAUGAGAAGCGAAGAAAGAAUAAGGUCACGAGGGGAAUGGAGGCCUGCUCAUUUGCUGCCAGAAAACCAAGAACCCCCUGUAUUUCUUUUCUGCAUACGUCGUCCUCGCUAAACUGGACAAAAUCAAAUUCAAGCAGAACUGGGGGAGAAGAAACACUUCAGGCAUGGCUGGUCCUUGCCAUCUGGACACUGCGUCAUUCCAAAGCCACAUACUUUUUUUUUUUUUUUUUUUU